UCCUUCCUUUCUUAGCUCUCUUAAGACUUUCCGUAAAGAAAAGAAAAGGAAGAAGAUGCUGCUGGGGAAGAGGCCAAGGCCACAAAUGAAAAGAACAAGAAGCAUGAGAGAGAUCACUUUUGAUCUGAACAGAACCAGUAACGCCGAAGCUCCGCCGGUACAUGCUAAUGGCGGUGGUGCGGCAGUAGCAGCCUAUGUAUCUCUUGCAGGUGAUGGAGGUGGUGGUGGUCUUGAAGUGUUGGAUCAACCGCCGUUGGCGACGGUGUUACCUAGAGUUCAUAGAAGGCAUUCGGCUGAUUUUAUGGAAACCCCUCAUUUCCUUAGAUCCUGCCGUCUUUGUAGACGCCGCCUUGUUCCUGGCCGCGAUAUCUACAUGUAUAGGGGCGAUAGCGCAUUUUGCAGCCUGGAGUGCAGGCAACAGCAGAUAAAGCAAGACGAAAAGAAUGAGAAAUGUUGGAUAGCAUCCAAGAAACAAACUGCCACCGCCACCUCCUCAAAAGCUGAGACUGUUGCCGCCGUAUAGAUAUUGAUAGCUCUAGUAAAAAAGUUCUUGCAAGGGAAGUUGCAUGCUUAACUUUGGGGUAAAUCAUGAGUUUGGUUACUGAACUUUACUUAUUACUAUUUCAUUCAGUGUACUUUAAAUCUUUUCAAUUUUCUCACUGAACUUAAUACAUUGAGAUGUUUAGGUCGUUCAGCCGUUUUCACACAAAUGGCGU